AGAACCUUAAUUAAGAGCAGGGUUUAGCAGUAUACGAGGAUGCAACAGCCACCGCCUAUGAUUCCAGUCAUGCCCUCUUUUCCUCCUAACAAUAUCACCACUGAGCAGAUUCAAAAGUAUCUGGAUGAGAACAAGACACUGAUUUUGGCCAUAUUGGACAAUCAAAAUCUUGGGAAACUAGCUGAAUGUGCACAGUACCAGGCUAAACUUCAGAAGAACUUGAUGUACUUAGCCGCAAUUGCUGAUGCCCAACCACAAUCGCCCGCUAUUCCAACACAAAUGGCUCCUCAUCCUGCAAUGCAACAAGGAGGAUUUUACAUGCAGCACCCUCAGGCUGCAGCCAUGAAUCAACAACAGGGUAUGUUUACUGCGAAGAUGCCACUGCAAUUUAACAGCCGCCAGCAAAUGCAGGAUCAGCAGCAUCAACAACUGCAGCGACAGCAGCAAGGUAUUCCUCAACAAACGGGUAUGCAACUUGGAGGUCCCAACUCCACUCUUGGUGGUGCGAGUAAUGGUAGCCAACUUUCAGCUUCAGGCACUGGGGAUGCACGUGGAGGAAACAAGCAGGACAACCCUGAGGCCGAACCUUCGGGUGCUGAUGGCCAAACUAGCUCGGUGACUGGUCAAGGUUCGGAGGAACCCAAGUAAUGGACUUGUUAGUAGUGUCCGAUAUGUACUGAUAGUAGGUUUAGAACUAGUGCUGUAUCUUAUGAUUUUCAUGAUGUGCUUGCUUGGGUUCUUGUUAGUACUAGAAAGAGGGUUGAUUUUAUCUCUGUCUUAGAACAGUUAGGUAGGUUGUGUUUUCCUGGAGAGCUUUCUUGUUUCUCUUUCGAGUUAACCUCUGUUUUAGUUAGAGGAAGAAAGCUUGUUUUGUUUCCGGUCCAGUGUGUGUUCUUCUGUAAUAACUUAGAAUAGAUAGCCUCUGUGACAUCAAUUCAACAUGGUUUCUAGUGUUAGUUAUGAAUAUGAGUUUUAGUCUCCUCAAAAGCUUCAUAAA